AGUUAACCAAACCUUUGACAUCCAGUUCUGAGCGCUGGCGUCUGUGCUGUCAUGGUUUACAUCACCGACUUCCCUCUGGAUCUCAGCUAAAAGUCUCCAGGUGGUGUCAAAGAUGACGGGGGUCCAGUUCCUGGCCUGUGUGUGGACUCUGGUCAUCACACAAACUGUGUUGGUGCUCAGUGACAUUCAGUUCUUGGAGAAGUAUGAGGGCGAGUCUGUGGUUCUUCCUUGUGCCAUAGAGCAGAGAGACCCUCAUGCCUUCGGCAUGUACCUGAGGCGAGACUGGCUGCAGAAAGGCACGGUGCUCUUCAUGUACACCAGGAGUGACACCACUGAGGCCAAAGAAUACCAGGACCGCAUCAGUGUCAGCGGUGACCCGAGCACCCACUUCAUGGACGUGACCAUCUCUGAGCUGAGGGUUAGCGACACAGACCACUACUACUGUGAGUUUGUUGUCCAUAACCCACUCUCUGAAGACGAGCGGAUACAUGGAAACACUGAAUUCUUCCUCCUUGUUAAGGCUGCUGCUCCUGGCUCUCUGGAGAUAGGGUUCAUAGAGACAUGUGCCGGGGGCUCGGCCGUGCUCCCCUGUCUCCCCCCGAGCGGUGAAGACUUGACCGUGGAGGGUGUGAGUCUGAAGCGCCAGAAAGGCCGGGCUCCUGUGGAGACUUUGUACCACUCAAGCCACGGCAGCAGCUCUUCUUCUUCUUCCAUCUCGUCCUGGUCCUCUUACUCUAUGUUUCCCACUGGGAGGGUCCAGCUGUUGACGGCGCCCCGCCCCGGCGGCCUCACCUACAGCCUCACCCUGCAGCAGCUGCAGCCGGACGAGAGUGCCCUGUACAGCUGCCAGCUGCUUGUGCGAGGCAGGGCCAACAACAGCUCCAAUCUGGGGAGACAAGUGUUCUCUGUUUCUGUGCAAGGUGGUAACUGCGGCUGCUCCAGCUACUCCACCAUGCUGUACGCUCUGUCCUCGGCUGUAGCCGUCCUCCUCCUCAUUCUCCUCAUUGGAUUUGUGGUGAUUUAUAAAGGCAAAGCUCGCCGCAGUGUCAAGCCACGCCCUCAGGCUCCCAUCUACGAGGAGAUGGCCGGGGUGCAACUUCUUGCUCGAAAGUUGGCCCCUCACCAUCUGGAGGAAAUGGAGUCUUCUGAGUACAGAAACUGCUCUGUGAAGAAAUCCUGCCCUGAGAAUCAUUAUGAAAGCCCAACCCCCACCUUCUGUUCCAGUAGGUAAACUCAGACCUGAAAAAAAAAAAUGAUUGACUGAUAUUCAUGAGUUUUUUGCAAUCUGGUUCAGAUCCAAAUAAAAAUCUAGAUUAGUGAAUUUAAAUGUGACUUCAAGUAAAAGAUAUUUCUGGAUCUGCACCACAAUUGAAUGGGUACUUUUUUGGUCCAGGCCCCUCCACAGUAUAUAUCAUACAAAUUGGUUCAGUAGUUUUUGUGUAAUCCAAGCUCUGUUGAAAACAAAACCUUAGGUAAAAAUUACAAACCUUCCUAGCAGCAUCAUGAACUAAACCAACUCUCCACCUCGGCUGCCUCUGACACACAACAGAUUUUUACUGCUAUGAUGUUUUAAUUGUCUGUGCAUUGGAUCGUUGUUUGGUCAAAAGAGUGUUUGUAUUUUGUCAUAAGUUUAGUAUACGUCUAUAUUGCAGUGUCAAUGUAUCUUGUGAUGUGAUAUAUCUAGAAAAUGUAUUGAAAAAUUGUUCAUGGAAAAUAAACAGAAAUUAAUGCUUUGGAUACAUUCAGGAAAUUAAAUGUGCCUU